AGCGCCUGCAAACCACGUUGCCGCAGCUGGAGGAGCAAGCAUGGCCGCUGCGAGCAAGAGAAAACUGGCUGAGCUGAGCGUUGACGAAUUCCUUACCUCUGGAUUUGAUUCGGAAUUGGACGGGGAUUCAGGAGGCAAUGCUCUGGAUUCUGGGGAAGAGGAGACCGGAAGGAAGCCAAGUCCGAACGGAAAAGCAAGCGGCAAAAAGAAAGCCGUGUUGAAGACUAAAUCUGCAGACAAGAAACCAAAGAAGGGUAAAGCGUCAGAACACAAAGACCAGCUUUCCCGGCUAAAGGAACGAGAUCCAGAAUUCUACAAGUUCUUGGAAGAAAAUGACCAAAAGCUACUGAAUUUUGAUGACUCUGACAGUUCUGAGGAGGAAGGAUUCCACACGUUACCUGAGAAACUGGAGGAAGCAAGCGAUGAUGAUGAUGAUGAUGAAGAAGAAGAGGGAACUGCCAGGCGGAAGAAAGUUGACUUCAUCACCGUCAAUUUGAAAAUGGUAGAAAAUUGGAAAAGUUCUGCAAAGAAGAAGUUAUCACCCAGGCUUUUCCAUGAUAUCAUCCAGGGUUUCAAAGCCUGUGUGGUGACAGCCAAGGGGGACGCCGGAGGAUCAGAACCUGGCAAGUUCAAAGUCACCGAUAGUGCAGUGUUCAACACCCUCGUCUCCUUCUGUGUACGUGACCUCUUCGGCUUGCUACACAAGUUGCUUCAAGUGAAAGCUGGCAGAAAGCGAUCCAAGAUGGUUGUUCCUUCUUCCAGCCCACUCUGGGGUAAGGUCCGCCUAGACAUCAAAACACACCUUGGAUGCACCAUCCAGCUCUUAUCUUGCUUAACGGAAGCCUCUGUGGGUGCUGCAGUUCUUCAGCACAUCAACUCCAUUGUGCCUUAUUACUUGGCUUUUCCAAAACAGUGUCGGAUGUUGCUCAAGCAAGCCACCCAUCUCUGGAGCACUGGCGAGGAAACCGUAAGGGUUCUGGCUUUCCUGGUGCUGAACAAAAUUUGCCGGCACAAGAAGGACGUCUACUUGAACCCAGUGCUUAAGCAAAUGUACAUUUCCUACGUGAAGAACUCCAGGUUCACCUCCCCCAGCGCUCUUCCCAUGAUCAACUUCAUGCAGCGGACUCUGACGGAGAUGUACGCCUUGGACACGUGCAUCUCUUACCAGCAUGCCUUCAUCUACAUCCGCCAGCUCGCCAUUCACCUUCGCACGGCCAUGACGGUGAAGAAGAAGGAGAAUUCCCAGUCAGUCUACAACUGGCAGUACAUCCAUUGCCUGUACUUCUGGUGCCGAGUCCUGAGUACUAUCUACCCGAGCGAUGUCCUGGAGCCUUUGAUUUACCCUCUGACCCAGGUUAUCAUCGGCUGCAUUAAGUUGGUUCCCACGGCGCGUUUCUAUCCCUUGCGAAUGCACUGCGUCCGGGCUCUCACCCUGUUGUCGGAGAACACGCGGACUUUCAUGCCCGUUCUGCCUUUUAUCUUGGAGAUUUUCCAGCAGGUGGACUUCAACAAGAAACCAGGCCGUAUGAGCUCUAAACCCAUUAACUUUGCGGUCAUCUUGAAGCUCUCCAACGCCAACAUGCAGGAGAAGUCUUAUCGGGACGGCCUUAUUGAGCAGUUGUACGACCUGACUUUGGAGUAUCUUCACACUCAAGCCUACGUGAUAGGAUUUCCCGAGCUAGCUCUUCCUGCCAUUCUUCAGCUCAAGGCUUUCCUGAAAGAGUGCAAAGUUGCUAACUACUGCAAGACGAUGCGUCAGCUUUUGGAAAAGCUGCAGGAGAACUCGGUCUACAUCACCAACAAGCGCCAGAAAGCCAGCUUUGGUGUAGCCAACCGGGAGGCUGUGGAUCAAUGGGAGAAGGUAGUGAGAGAAGAAGGGACUCCGCUGAUGACUUACUAUACACACUGGAAGAAGCUGAGGGAGAAGGAGAUACAGCUGGAGAUUAGCGGCAAAGAGCGGCUAGAAGACCUGAAUUUCCCAGAAAUCAAACGGAAGAAACCAGGUGACCAAAAAGAGGACAACAAGAAGGAGUUUAAGGACCUUUUUGAGAUGGGCAGUGACUCGGACGAGGAGGCUGGCAACUUCUCCGUCAAAGAAAAAUCAAAGUUCAAGAAGCCAGAAGGCAUCCUAGACGGCAGCAGCGAAGAAGAGGAUGACGAGGAAGGACAUUAUGAAGUGGAAGAUGACGAUGAAGAGGAGGAGGAAGAAUCGAGUGAUUCAGAUGGGGGAGGCGAAGGGGCGAGGCGGCGCGAGGGUGUCCAGAUGCAGCUGUCUUGGGCAGAGCGGCAGCAGCUGGCCCAGGGACCAGAGGAUGUCGUCGAAGACUUGGACCUCUCCGAUGAGGAUGCCAACUGACAGCCGAGUGGAGGGACCGAUGGGCCAGCUAUUCCUGGUGGGGGCGGGGGGGGGGGAGUCUGGUUAAGCGGUGGGGAGCGGAGGACAAGCUUGUGCGCUGGGCCGAGGGAAGGAAGAAUUGCUUUAGAGAAGCCGCCAGAGACACCGCUUGGAACCUGAAAAUCUUCUCCAGCCAAGGAUUAUGCUUCAGGGAGAAGUGCAGUAAAAUUUGUGGUUACAGCGGGGGCAGUAAAGCAGCUCAGCUGAAGUCAUAAAAGGCCCUUGUUAAAAUCUGCCACUUUUAACUAAUGGGGGGAUAGGGGGGAUUGGAGGCGCUACGCUCGCCAAGUUCCUGUUUUUUGGGGGGGGGCGUUAAUAGUGGCCCCGGCCUGCUGUUCUCCCCCCUCCCACAGCCUGCAGAUCAGUUUGUCCUUUGCACACGUACGCCCCAUCCCGGCAGGGAAGAGCCACAGGGUCACAGCUUCAGCCCUCCCCUCUUGGCACCCUGCCUGUUGCAGUACUUCCCCUGUGCUUUAUGGGAGGGGGCAGCACGGGCUGCUUGUUUUCCUGCAGUGCCCCUUGCCCUCUCAAAAUGCCACCCCUGGGCAGAGCUUUGCAAAGCAGAUGUCGAGAAGGCGAGGGUUAACAGCUCAGCAUGGGUCAGGUUUCCUCCUUUUCAUGGAAAUGUCUCUCCCCUGCUGCUCUCGGAAUCUGCCCAGUUCUGUUUUUUAUUGGUACACAAGGUUCUUUCCAAGCAGUUGGGAGGGGGGCGCUCUUGGCCUGAAUACCCGCCCCUCAUCCUACCUCUUCUUCUCCUGCCCCCUACCUCCUUGGAAACCCUGCUUGCAGCAGAGGCCAACGUCCUUGUUUGCCAGAAGCACCCCCUCCCCCCCCCAAAAAAAACUCCCCUCAGUUUUUGUGAGAACACUCAACCUAAAUAUUUUGCAGCAGAGAGCAACGUCUCAGCAUCUGUGAGUAAGCUAGGCAAAACCUGUUUUCCUUGAGCUGCCAGCCACAACAGGCAGAGGAGGCUGUCAUGAGUCGAGCAGUUCUGUAGGGGAUGCAAGGCUGGCCGCUUAGAACAGUGGUAGCGUUUGUACACCACUUACCCCACAGAAUGCUAGUGACCGUGGUGCACUACGAAGACUGGUGCACUGAGAAACCUGUUACAGGUGAGAGAGAGAAUGUGUGAGUAGGGUCAAGAAGCUGGGAACCCCCCUCCAUAUUAAUAGGAGCCAUUUAGCCUCUGGAUUAUGUCCUAGUCCUAAACAUAAUUAUUGCUUCUCGUAUGAGGAAGCGUGAAGCCCACGUGCAGACAAUUGCACUCCCCUGUGGCAGAGUCCCCUUCUCUGUGCCUUUUGUCAAGCCAAACUUAAGUGCCCGUCUUGCUGUCAGUGUCUGGCAUUUUUCUGCAACACGCUUUUCAUGAAAAGAGGGCUAUUCCUUCCUUGUUUUGGAAAGUACACAGCGGGGCAGGCGAGCCACCAUUUUAUAAAUUAAGUGAUUUCUUUUUUUUAUUAUUAUUAUUUAAAUUGAUUUGCUGGAAAGCAUUGGCCUUGGUGUGACGGAUAAUGACCAUUUACAAUAUAUAAAGAAGCGAAGGUACCACCAAGCUAAAUUUUCCUUCUUUUUGUUUGCAUUUUCAAAAAGAAAAGUAGAACGUGCAUUGUUUGAAAACAAGAAGGGCCAGGAAGAAAGAGAGAGGGAGAUGGACAAGCAUCAAUCACUUGAUUGUUUACCACCACUAUACAAAUCGCAUGGGGUGGUGGCAGCGGUUAAUGUGAGCCUGAAGGGAGGGGGGCCUCACCUGGGCACCUGUCAACUAGUCAUGGGGCCAGGUCAAAUGUGCAACUCCACCCUCUACAACAAGCUCUGCCCCCAUCAGUAUCCACACGCAAUCACACACACAUUCCCCACACACAAAACAAAAUUAAAAUUAAAAGCCCGUCUUCUGUACACACGCUGUCGAGGGAAGGGAGAUGUUAUGCCUAUGUCUGCCAUGUUUCUCCUCAUCUCCCCGUCUUCCCCAAUGCUGUAUUAUUAUUAUUAUUAUUAUUUUUCCUCCACAAAAAAUAACCCAGUUCGUGCAGGGCCCGGUGAGGAGAGACUCCACCACAGUCGAUCUGCAAGGUUCAAGCAGCAGAACCCCUGGUGAUACAGGUUUUUUAAAAAUAAAAAUAAAAAACAAACCACCUCGCCGCUCCACAGAGCCGCCUGCGCUGUACCAUCCAAACUGAAGUAAACACGGACCAUAACCUUG